AUGUUCAAGUCAAUUCUACUUCUAUCCGCCAUAGUAUUUAUCACGUUGGAACCAUCGUUAGCUAGGACGAAAUCCGCAUCCAACCGCAUUCGCAAAGCAGUCCAAUUGAAAGAGCACAAUCUGGGAGAGAUCGCCAGUGAUUUAUAUGAAGACUAUCACAGUUACCCCAAGUACAAGUAUGAGUAUGGUGUCAAGGACCCCCUAACCGGUGAUCACAAAAGCCAAUGGGAGAUGAGGGAUGGAGACAUUGUCAAAGGAUCCUACACUCUCGAUGAACCGGACGGUUCCCAGCGAAUUGUGGAGUAUCGGGCCGAUGAUCAAAACGGAUUCGAAGCCAUUGUCAAAACGAUUAAACGUCCCCUCCAUCAUCAUCAUCAACAACAACAACAACGGCGGCAGCAAAUUGACCAAAGGGAUGCGGAAGAUUCGAAUCUGGAAAGUCAAGGUCCCAAAGGUGGCAGACAACGACUCAUCGGUCAAAGCUAUACCAAGCUUACGAGAUAUAUCUGAGAAACUGCAUGAACUUGAAUGA